AUGGGAGCAACAGACAUAACGCUCGACAGAGCCUACCUUGCGGCGAUCUGGCUCGAGACCCUCUUCUAUGGCAUGAACAUAGUGCUCUUUUGUGCUUGCAUAUAUAUCUUGGUUGCAAAGCGGCGAACACCCAAAGUCAACAAAUACCUGAUUGCCAUUGCCGUGCUCAUGUUCUCCUUCUCCACCUGUCAUGUCUUCCUUGGCUUUUAUCGCUUGAUCAUGGGCUUCAUUGUGCUCCGUGAUCAGCCUGGUGGACCCGCUGCGUUCUUCUCUGACGUGUCAAUACCCGCCAACGUAGCCAAAGUGGGCUUACAUACCGUCAACUCCAUAAUUGGAGACUCCGUGGUGGUGUGGCGAUGUUUUCUUGUGUGGGGCCGCAACUGGAAAAUGUGUCUAUUACCCAUCAUCCUGGUUUGCGGAUCUGCAAUAUGUGGAUUCGGACAGACUGUCUAUUUUGCCCGGGGACAAAAAUACCACAGUGCGUUUGCGCCAGCGCUUGUCAGGUGGAAUGGCUCCCUGUUCAGUCUGUCCCUCGCGACGAACAUAGUUGUCACUGGAUUGGUCGCCUUACGUGCAUGGUACAUGUUGCGCCUAACCGGAGGGGUCGCAGGAUUCCGCUACUGGAGAAUCCUCGUCAUCAUCGUUGAGUCAGGGAUGAUCUACUCAAUUGCCCUGAUCUGCGAAGUCACGCUCUACUUCCUCGGACUAAACUCGUUCUACAUCGUCUACGAUCCAAUCGGGCAGUUGACGGGCAUCGUUCCGACAAUGAUCAUUAUCCUCGCGGGACUUCAUCUCACCUCGAACGACGUGCAAUCUCGGUUCUCCCGCACGCAGCCAGUCACCAGCCUGAGCGCGCCGCGGUUCCGCCCGGGCAAGACGACCACGAGCGAUGGGACGACGACGUCGGACAUCCAACUGGACACGAUGCACUUCUCCACCGUAGACUCGUCGUUCAGUAAACGCAAGUCCGCGCCCGGUCUCUCUGCCAACGACCUCGACGACGCUGAGGCUGGGGAGACGAAGAACGUGUUCAUCACACCUCUUGAUGAACGGACUGUUCAACAUUGA